ACCAGGAGCCCAUAAAGAAGAUGGCUCCUCUCAUGGAAUCCCCUACUCUAUUGUGUGUAGCCUUACUGCUUUUCGCUCCAGAUGGCGUGUUAGCUGCCCUUCAGAAACCUACGGUCUCCUUGAACCCUCCAUGGAAUAGGAUAUUUAAAGGAGAGAAUGUGACUCUUACAUGUAAGGGGAACAAUCUCUAUGAAGUCAAUUCCACAAAAUGGAUCCACAAUGGCAGUUUUUUAGAUGUGACAACUUCAGGUUUGAAUAUCGUAAAUGCUGACUUUGAGGACAGUGGACAAUACAAAUGUCAGAGUCCAAAAUCUAAUGAGAGCGAACCGGUGUACCUGGGAGUCUUCAGUGACUGGUUGCUCCUUCAGACCUCUGCUCAGAUGGUGAUGGAGGGUCAGUCCCUCUUCAUCAGGUGCCAUGGUUGGAGAAACUGGGAUGUGUCCAAGGUGAUCUACUACAAAAAUGGCGAAGUUCUCAAGUACUGGUAUGAGAACCACAAUAUCUCCAUUACAAAUGCCACAGUUGAAGACAGUGGCAUGUACUACUGUGUGGGCAAAAUGUGGCAGCUGGACCAUACCUCUGAGCCCCUCAACAUUACUGUAAUAAAAGUUCAACGUGACAAGUACUGGCUACAAUUUUUUAUACCAUUGUUGGUGGCGAUUCUGUUUGUUGUGGACACGGGAUUAUUUAUCUCGACUCAGCAGCAGGUCACAUUUCUCUUGAAGAUUAAGAGAAACAGGAAAGGCUUCAAACUUCUGAGCCCACAUCCUAAGCCAAACCCCAUAAACAACUGAUAUAAUCACUCAAGAAAUAUUUGCAACAUUAUUUUUUUCCAGCAUCAGCAAUUACUACUUAAUUGUUAAACACAGCUUACAAUAUUCAUAGAAAUGUCUGUGCUCAUGGAUUUAUAGAAAUGCUUCAUUAAACUGACUGAAACUGGUUAAGUGGCACGUAACAGAAAGUGCUCAAUUAACAUUGGUAGAAUAAAUGAGAGAACGAAUAGAUUCAUUUACUAGCAUUUGUAA